CAGGGAAGGAGUGUAUUUUUGUCUGUUUCUGGCAAACAUGAAGUCAAACCUUUGGUAUUUAUUUCUUGUCUUCUUCCAAGUUGAAGUUCUAACAGAAGAAAUCAUCAAUCAUUUCACCAAUCUCAAGAUGUUUGUAUAUCACAAUGGAGGAGUAAAAAUUUUAUGCGAACAUUCAGGGACUCUCCAUCAGUUUAAAAUGGAAUUGCUUAAAGAAGAACAGCAACAGCGACAGCAUGUGCUCUGUGACUUCACUCAGAUAAAGGGAAACGGCAGUGAGUCCACGAGUAAUACAACUCUCUGUGAAUCUCAGUUAUCUGAUAAUGGAGCCUCCUUUUUCCUAUAUCACCUGAACAGUUCUCAUGCGGGUUAUUACUUAUGCAGACUCUCAAUUUUUGAUCCGCCACCUUAUGUUGUCAAGAUUAUCAGCAAAGAGUAUUUGCAUGUUUAUGCAUCAAAACUUUGUUGCCACCAAAGAGAGUUCUGGUUGCCCAUUGGAUGUGCAGUUUUCACUGCCAUUUUCAUUUUGGGAUGUGUAUUUACAUGCUGGAUCUCAAAAAAGAAGUAUCAGUCCAGUGUGCAUGACCCUAACAGUGAAUACAUGUUCAUGGCAGCAGUGCCCACUCAUAAAAAACCAGGACUCACAGGUGUGACCUGUAAUUUGGGGCUCUCUGGUACUCAGGCAUGAACAAAGUCCUCCACUUGAACCCCAGUCCUCCACUUGAAGUGCAAGAUAUCUUCAUUUUCUGGACUACAGAGAGCCUGACUUGAUUUGACUAUGUACCUCUUUUGCUGGUGUUCCCUGCAACGUGGAUUAGUGAUUUUGUGAGUCAGUAGGGAUUUUACCAGACUGCUUCAACACUGUUGAAUUUUCUCAAAACAAACAUUCUUUUUCAGCUAGCUUUAUAGAAAGUCCAGCUCAUGUGUACUCAACAAAUAGACCUCACUGGGAUAGAAUCCCUGUCUUUACGUCUGCUUCUAGCAAUGCACUUGCCAGAAAAACAAACAUAUUCACAACUUUUUAAAAAAAAAGAUGCCAAGGAUACUGAAUCUGCAAAGCAAAUGGGCAGCUAAGCCCCAGCGUCUGUCUAUAUUUCACUAACAGACUACCUCUUCUUGUAGGAUGGACAUUUCAUUUGUUAUCAGACAGUAAAGGGAGAUGUUCAAAACUAUAUAUUUUUUAUUUCUAAGGUGUCAGUGUGUAACUAUGAUAUCCUAGCACCUGACUACAUAGAGCUUACUCUUCUAACUUUUGAAUCCCAACCACUCCAGCAAGAGGUUAGUUAGAUGCAUUAUUGUGCUCUUGGUUUUCUGUUUUAAAAUACUUCUUUCUCUGAAAUGAGAGCAUGUCUGCAUUACUCCCCUCAGUUGCUUAAAAAUAUGUAUAGUUGUAACCUAAUGAAUAUAGUUUGCCUAUGUCCCUCCCCAAAUUUCUUUCUCUUCCAAAAAGACCUAUUUAUCCAAAUUCAGGCAAAAUGGUUUACUUGUUGACAUUAGUAAUAAGAAACAUCAUCCUGAAUCAGAAGCAACUAAUUUUAAUGAUUCCAUUUCCUGCCAUUAUCAAUGUUUUUAUGGUGCUAUUAAUUUUACAGGAUAUAUUUUUCUUGUAGGAUAUUUUAAAAUUACAAGCAAACAAACAAAACUCCUUGUAGGGUUAAUCACUGUCCUGGGGAUAAAACCAACAAUUUAUGAGCAUAAUAAUUGCAGUUCCUGGAGACUAGAGGUCUCAUUUGAUCAAUUAAAUGAACUCCCAUCAGGCUGCAGUAUUCAUGCAUCUUUGGAUGGAAUUACAAGGGUUGAAAAACCCCGAGUCAAAGAUACUUAGAGAUCCUUGUCCCUGAAGUUACUCUGGUAACCACUGUGUGUCUGCUUGCAUCUAUGACUCAUGAAGAAGCCCAGAUGUAUCAAGGAUGGCCAGCAUAAGUUCUCCUUGAAUCCAUUCAGCCUCAAAACUGGCCAUGAACCUUCAAGACAGUCUUCUUUCAAAUAGGAUUUGCAAUAUGAUUAUUCUUAGUGGGAAUAUUUGCACCACUUCCCAUCUGUAUGCCUAAGGUUCCUGAAGCAGCCACUGUGUAUACCACUUUCUAAACUUUAGGUAAUUUUUUUUUUUUAGAAAUUUUAAAAUUUGUAGCUGUCUGCUUGUAGUUGACCUUAAAGGGAAUCAGACACCAUUAUGCAUACUUACAUUAUUUUAAGCAUGUGUGAUGAUGGAUGUGUACAGUACAGUACUGACUUUGUAAUUUGAACCAAGAGUGAUGUUCUCUGUUUCAGCUGUCUUACACAACCUAGCUGAACUUUCAGAGUGUAUUACCCUAAGUUGUUCACAGUUUCCAUGUGGGAUAGGGGUUGGGAGGACAGUCUUCAUGUGACCAAACUGGCCUAGUUGUCAAUUUUGUGUCGUGAGGCAUGCCCUCCUAGUACUGGACAUUUCAAAGUGAAUUAUUAAAGAAUACGAUUUCUGUGAAAUACCUGAUUUGAAGAGGAGCUACUUAUGAAGUGGAAUUCAGCAGUGGUAGGAUGGUAACCA